AUGUUCAUCCUAUCCAAGUUCACCGACCUCCUCCACCUCCCCCCGCCAACCUUCGCCCACCCAACAGCAACAGCACUAGAAGACCAGAUCAACGAGAAAUACGCCAACAAAGUGGUGCACAACAUAGGCCUCUGCAUAUCCCUCUACGACCUCUCCAGCGUCUCCGAGGGCAUGAUCGGCCAGGACGGGGGUGCCCACGUGAACGUCGAGUUCAGGAUGAUCGUGUUCCGUCCCUUCAAGGGCGAGGUGCUCACGGGUCGGAUCAGCUCCGCCACAGCGGCGGGCGUUAAGGUCCGCACGGAUUUCUUCGACGAGGUCUUCGUACCUGCCGCCGCCCUGUUUGAGGGAAGCCGAUUUGAUGGCAAGGAACAGGUUUGGAUAUGGCGUAAUGAUGAUCAGGACUUUUACAUGGAUAAGAAUGAGGUUAUCAGGUUUAGGGUUGAGGGUGAGGUUUUCGUGGAUCAGUUGCCUGUGCCGCCGCACUUGAAGGGGGAGGAGUCGAGUUUGCAUAACAAGCCGCCGUAUGCUAUUACUGUGGGUUUUUCUUCGGCCCUUCUCAUGUGUUCGCAGCUGUGGGCUAACUGA